AUGAGUUUUCUCUCCAAGCUCACUAUUGUUAAACUUGGUAGUAAUAACUUAACUGGUGGAAUAUCGCCUUUCUUGGGGAAUAUUACAUCAAUUGAGGUGUUCUCCGUUCCAAGAAAUCCACUGGGCGGGAACAUUCCGGACGCCAUAGGCCAUUGGAAAAGCUUAAAAGAAAUUUACCUAGGUGCUUGUAAUUUAUCUGGAAUCAUCCCUUAUUCUAUUUAUAACCUUUCACUCCUAGCUAAUAUUAGCUUGCCUGAUAAUCAACUGACUGGCAGUCUUCCUCCGGGCAUAGGUGUGAUGCUCCCUCAUCUUGCCAUCCUUCAAUUAUGGGAUAACCAACUAACUGGACCUCUUCCACCAUCAAUUUCUAAUUGUUCAAGAUUACAAAUGAUUUCCAUAACUAGGAACAAGUUUAGUGGGAAGUUGACAAUCGAUUUUGCAAAACUAAGAGAUAUAUCUGUUAUAAACUUAGGUGGUAACAACUUUGGAAGCAAAGAAGCAGAUGAAAUGAAGUUUAUUGAUUCAUUGAAGAACUGCACGAGCUUAGAAAUCUUGAGUCUUAAUUAUUGCAACUUUCAAGGAGUGCUCCCUGUAUCAAUCGGCAAUCUUUCUGAUCAACUCUUUUGUAUUUCUUUGGGAUACAAUCAACUUCAAGGAAACCUUCCUAGAUCAAUCGGUAAUCUAGUUGGUUUGUCCAUCUUACAUUUAGAAGGUAACCACUUCACAGGUAACAUUCCCUUAACCAUUGGUAAUCUUCAAAAGCUACAAGUUAUCCGACUAGAUGGAAACCAACUUUCAGGGCCAAUUCCUGAUACCAUGGGAAACUUAUCAAUGUUGAACAAUCUUUACUUAAGUUUCAACAGAUUAGAAGGGCAUAUUCCAUCAAGCAUAGGAAAAUGUCACCGUCUCUUAGAAGUGUACCUUAACAACAACAAACUUAAUGGGAACAUACCUACACAACUUCUUCAAGUUUCUUCUUUAUCCGUAAAAUUGGAUCUUUCUCAAAACAAUUUGUUUGGUUCACUUCCAACCGAGGUUGGAGACCUCAAAAUGUUGAGUGAUCUAGAUUUAUCCGACAAUAAUAUAUCAGGUAGCAUUCCUAGUAGCCUUGGUGAUUGUGCUAGCCUAUCAAGGUUAUCCCUCAAAGGCAACUUAUUUCAAGGUAUGAUUCCACCGUCAUUAAGUUCCUUGAAAGGAUUGGUGGAACUCGACAUCUCUCACAAUAACUUAUCCGGCCAAAUUCCUCGAUUCUUAGAACGGUUAUUGUUAAAAAAAUUGAACCUAUCAUAUAAUGAUUUUGAGGGUGAAGUACCAAUGUUGGGAGUGUUCGGCAAUGCAAGUGCGUUCUCUGUUUUCGGGAAUAGUAGGCUUUGUGGUGGCUUUGUUGAACUUAGGUUACCCAUAUGCAAUGAGACGAAGAAACAUAAAAAAAAGUUACCUUUGUUUGUAACUGUCAUUUUGAUUGCAUCUACACUUUUCAUCAUAAUAUGUUUGGCAUAUGCUUGGUGUAAGAAGAAGAACAAGAGCCAACCGUCUCAUCCUUUAACGAACAAACAAUUGAUAAAAGUUUCUUACAAUCAACUUCUCAAGGCUACUAAUGGGUUCUCGGAAGCCAAUUUGAUUGGAAAUGGUGGAUUUAGUUCCGUUUAUAAAGGAACCCUCGGUGAAGGUGAUGAUAGAUUUGUUGCAGUCAAAGUUCUUCACCUUCAAAAUCGAGGAGCUCAAAGAAGCUUUAUGAGGGAGUGUGAAGCAUGGCGAAACAUUCGCCACCGAAAUUUAUUGAAGAUAAUAACUUCAUGUUCAAGUGUUGACUAUCAAGGAAACGAUUUCAAAGCUUUGUUAUAUGAGUUCAUGUCCAAUGGGAGUUUACAUGAUUGGUUGCAUUCAAGUGAAAGAACAUCAAGACUCAAUCUUCUUCAAAUAGCAAAUAUUCUUUUGGAUGUAGCAUCUGCACUUGAUUAUAUUCACAAUCACUGCAUACCUGCCAUUGUUCACGGUGACUUGAAGCCUAGCAACAUUUUACUCGAUGAUGAUAUGGUGGCUCAUGUUGGAGACUUCGGUCUAGCUCGAUUUCUUGGGACAAAUUCAAACCAAAACAGCUCAUCCGGGGGGAUUAAAGGAACAGUUGGUUAUGCUCCUCCAGAGUAUGGUCUUUGGAGUGAGAUGACAAGUAGUGGGGAUGUCUACAGUUUUGGAAUAUUAAUACUAGAGGCAAUGACUCAGAAAAAACCAACCGAUGAUAUCUUUAAUGAAAGCCUUAGCCUUCAUAAAUUUGCUUCCAUGGCCUUGCUAGACCAUGUAACCGAUGUUAUUGAUGUUAACAUUCUAAAUGCUUGUCAAGAGGAUGAAACUUUCAUGCAAAACCAGGAAGAAAAUGCAAAGAAAAUAGAGGAACUUUUAGCUUCAAUAGUGAAGAUUGGAGUAUCAUGUUCUAUGGAUUCUCCACAACAACGGAUGAACAUAAGAAAUGUUGUGCAAGAAUUGCACCAUAUUUUAGAUGCACUUCAUAGUAUGUAA